AUGGCAUCCCUUUUCUCUUGUUUCUGUGGCAGAGGUUUUGAAGGGGAUCGGAGUUUAAGGCGAGACUGGAGCUUUCCCCAUUCUCCUCCGUUGGACCCUGAUUUAUCUGACGUUGAAGAAGAUGAUGAAUAUUAUAUAUACCCCCAAAAAAGUGCAACAAAAAUAGGUUCUAUGGUUGCUCUUGGAGGAUCCACUACUUCAGCGGCCACAGUCUAUACAAAUGAUGAUGAUGGUGGUGGUAGUGGAUACAGUAGUGAUCAUUAUGGCAAUGGAUGGAACGACGGUGAGAAAACUCCUACGUUAACGGGUGUGUAUAGUGAUGGUGGCUACAAAUAUGCUGAUGGUGAAUAUGGUGGCGGUGAUGCUAGUGAUAACGGAGGAGAAGAAGGUGGCGGAGACGGUAACUAUAGCGGUGAUGGUGGCAGUAACUACGGCAGUGGUGGAUACGAGAGUGCAUGA